AUGGGUCAGAACAACAAGGACGACAACAAGAAGUCCAAGGAAAAGAAAGGAUCGGCAAGCAACAACAAAGGUGGAGGAGACGGUGAAACUGUUCGUGGUCAAUCAGUCCAGGCAAAAGCUCAAAGCCCAGCUCGCAAGACGAUCGCAAAGAGGCAAAAGGCACCAACUUCGUCAAAGGAGGCAAAAAGUGGACGUCGUCGUUCUGUUAGCAGCGGAGGAAGUGCGAAAUUGAGAAAGCGCAAGCCGAAGCGCACAUUCAAAGUGCACAUCUACCGCGUGCUGAAGGAUGUUCAUAAAGGUGAAAUGCGUAUUUCGAAGCGUGGAAUGGAUGUUAUGAACAGGCAAUAA